UCGCCCUCUUCUGCACCAUACAUACAAAUGAUACAUCACAAGAAUCAGCUGAGAGAGAACUAGAUCUGUUAAUCGGAAACCACCAAAUCAUCUCUCUCUGUAACAAUAACUGUUCGAUCAACAUAAAUUUCCAGAUCCGUUAGUAAUUUAUUUUUUUGCAAUCCAAACAAAAAUGUCUUCUAUAUUCAACGGCGAUGAAACUGCUCCCUUUUUCGGCUUCCUCGGCGCCGCUUCUGCCCUCGUCUUCUCCUGUAUGGGUGCGGCGUAUGGAACAGCGAAGAGUGGAGUAGGUGUGGCUUCGAUGGGAGUGAUGAGGCCGGAGUUGGUGAUGAAGUCGAUCGUGCCAGUGGUUAUGGCUGGAGUGUUGGGUAUUUACGGGUUGAUUAUUGCUGUGAUUAUCAGCACUGGGAUUAACCCUAAGGCAAAGGGUUAUUAUCUUUUCGAUGGCUAUGCGCAUCUUUCCUCGGGCCUCGCUUGUGGCCUUGCUGGCCUCUCAGCUGGAAUGGCAAUUGGGAUUGUUGGAGAUGCUGGUGUCAGGGCUAAUGCACAGCAGCCGAAGCUUUUCGUUGGGAUGAUCCUCAUUCUCAUCUUCGCUGAAGCUUUAGCCCUUUAUGGUCUAAUUGUUGGAAUUAUUUUGUCUUCAAGGGCUGGCCAAUCUAGAGCUGACUGAGAAACUGGCUUUUAUCAAGUUCAACUGCAAUGUUUAAUGUAAUGGAGAAACUUGAUUCUUGGCAGGCUUUGUAAACUCUUUCGUACCCUCCCUAUUUAUCACCGUGAAUGUUAUCAAUGUUACCAUUGCAUUCAUUCCACGGUAGCUUCGUGAUGUUUGUAGAAUUAUUAGAAGUGCUUUUAUCUACCCCUGCUGAAUAAGAGCUUAUAUGGCUUUUGCUUUUGGAUUAAGUAAAUUUGUUUUCUGUUUUUUUUUGUUUUUUUUGUUUUUGGUAGUUAUGAACACUGUAGAAAUAAAUUUAUUUGAAACUAGUGCCUAUGCCAUGCUUUAUAUAUUAGAUAAGUAGAGAUAUCGUGCUUCUA